CAACGAGAAAGUGGCUCUCUUGACUUGUGCGCUACCUUGUUGUGAUUAACAGAGUGUACUAGUUUCUGCUUUAGAUUUUUCUGGAUUUAUUGGAAGCAUUCAACAAUAUAUUUGAAGAUAUGGUUUGUAUUCCGUGCAUCGUAAUACCAGUCAUAUUAUGGAUACUACAUCGGCUUUUAUAUCCUGUCAUGUACUACUUUUUUCCAAAAUUAAAGCCCAUUCCAGAGCCGACAAUUGAUGAAUCGGAACAAUUGAAUGAUAUUACGAAAGACGAUGUAAUCGAUACUUGUCAGCCAUCAUCACCUUCAAAGUCUAAAUCUGAGUGAUAUCUUUCUUGUUGCAUUCUGUAAAUUGACUUUUGAUCUUACUUGAAUAAUUUAAAGUUCUUUUUUAUGAAAAAAAAAACUGGUUGUUUUAUGUUUGUACAAUAGACUGUUUUAGGGGGAUUAUUGUGUUCAUCAAGUACCAUAGUUUUUUUUUCAAAAAAUGCAA